AUGACGCCGACACGUUCACUGCCACUGAAUACCAACAAACCUGUUUUCAAGAUCUUUGGCAAGCGUACUGUCGAUUCCGUGUACGCCUGUUCUCCGUCGCCUCGAGGCCACGAUGCACUGUGCCUGGUUGGGACAGGAGAUGGCUUGCGCGCCAUCGACAUUGAAACCGUCACACGCCUUACUGACGUUAACGUGCGCUAUUUUAUACCUCCUCCUGCAAAUCACAAUGAUCGAGUACAUAUUCCGAUAGAUGGUGACGACAUACGCUGCUUCCCACCAAAUGGGCUGUUCAUGCAUCGGCAAAGACAUCUGGGGACAGUCACUUCGAGCCAGAGGCGACCAGAACGAUCCCAACCAAGCCUAAUCACCUGCGUGGACUUUGUCAACAACCACCCGCGCCUUGCCGUGGCUGGCGGUCGCAACCCAGUGCCGUGGAUUGUGGACUUGCGUGAGCCGUCGUGGCGCCCAUUUGGCACGAAUGCCAAUGCACUCGGCAAUAGCCCAAAUGCUGUCGCACACAUCCGCUCCGUUGGCGAAUACCACGUGGUUGCUGCUGGCCUAUGGGACGCCAUGGUCAUGUACGACUUGCGGUAUUUAAAGACGCCAAGAAGCAGCAGUGGCAGGACGUCACUUGUUGACAGAAAGCGUGCCGGAAGUCCAGCUGCCGAGCCAUUGUUCCGCUACUCUGACUACUACAACCACGGCCGACUCAUGGGCAUUGGCUUCGACGUGGACACCAAUCUGGGCAUUGUUGCUGCCGCGGAAGAUCACAAGUCGACGGCCUCGGGACUCCAAGGCGGGCUGGGGCUCUUUUCCUUGUGGAAUGGCGAGCGUCUGCACGCGCCAGGUCUCUGGCGCGUGCAACACCACCCAAGCGAUAUUGACCGCGUCUACAGGCCCACGCCGGACAAUGUGAAUCAACGGUUGAGUUUGGGCCAGAGUAUUUCGAUGGAGGAAACGGAGGAAGCGCGAGCGCCCUUUACAGUUGUGGGCGACAGCGACGUCCACCCUGAUACUCGAGUCACACGGGGUGGUUACAAGCACACACGGCCGCACAUUGCGGCCCUAAGCUUUGCUUCCCUGCCGCACGAAGGCACGAGUCUCUUUGUCGGUGUGGAUGCCCGGGUCCAGAAGUACUCGAUCCGUCGCGGCAGAGAGGACGUUUUUUACGGCGAGGAUGAAGAAGACAAGAGGACGACAUGA